GUUUAAUAACCUGAUGCUUUUUCUUUUUCUUUUUAUUAUUAAUCAUAAUGACAGUGGCAGAUAUUGAUACAUACGAUUGGGAAGGUCAUUGGAAGGAAGGAACGACGAACUGGGAUGCUGGAAAGCCUAGUCCUGCUUUGGUUGAAUUGUUUGAAAAUGAAGAAACACGUUCCCUUAUUCCUGAUCAUGGAAAAGCUCUUGUUCCCGGAUGCGGAUCAGGCUACGAUGUUGUCUUUUUGGCAAACGAAAAGAGACACGUAACUGGCAUUGACUUGAGCCCUUCUUGUGUUGAGUCAUUGUUAAAGAACCAUCCUGAUGCUGCCAAGCAUAAUUAUCAAUUUCUAUGUGCUGACUUCUUCGAAUUUGAUGUCCCUGAUGGAGGCUAUGACCUUGCCUACGAUUACACGUUUUUAUGUGCUUUACCACCUGUUCUCAGACCUGAUUGGGCAAAGAGAUACAGCGAGAUUAUCAAAAAAGGCGGCGUUUUCGUUACACUGAUGUAUCCUAUCGAUAACCAUGAAGGUGGCCCACCUUAUGCUGUCAGCGAACAAGUGUAUAAGGAUUUAUUAUCUGCUCAUUUUGACUUGAUCUUCAUCAAGGAUGCUAAGGGUCAUGAACCAAGAUUGGGAAGAGAAAAGAUUGCUAUUUGGAAGAGAAAGUAAUUCGGAAAUGACUAAAUCACACGCUUGUUUGCAGAUGCUUGUCUUUUUUUUGUUUCGGAUAAAAAAAGUCUUUUGUUUUCCCCCAACUUCUUUUAAAUUCCCAGAGAAAAAAGAAAGAAGGAAUAUGUGGUCUAUUUUUUUUCUCUAUUCAAUUUGCUCCUCUAUUUGAUGAUGCCAUUUAAAAAGGACGCCAUGUUAAAAUCCUUAAAACUUUCAAUCAUCCCGGUUUGAAUCGCUUAUUAUCGGAAUAACAAGGAUUCCGUUCUGAGGGGCAAUGGAGCUAAAGCCUACGCUUGUGCUCCCUUCAUCUCGUGGCAAG